AUGCCUGCUCCCGUGGGUACUCCUCAAACACUCUACGACAAGGUCUUCUCCGCACACAUUGUCGACGAGAAGCUCGAUGGCACAAUUCUCCUCUAUAUUGCUUGGCCCAAAGACCGACACCUGGUCCACGAAGUGACAUCACCACAAGCUUUCGAGGGUCUUGAGAAUGCAGGCCGUAAAGUACGAAGACCGGAUUGUACUCUGGCCACCACUGAUCAUAACGUCCCCACCACUUCCCGCAAAGCCCUGAAGGACAUUGCUUCGUUUAUCGAGGAAGAUGAUUCACGAACACAGUGUGUCACUCUCGAGGAGAAUGUUAAGAAGUUUGGUGUCACAUAUUUCGGCCUCGGAGACAAGCGACAAGGAAUUGUCCAUAUCAUCGGCCCCGAACAAGGAUUCACUCUCCCCGGAACCACCGUCGUGUGCGGUGACAGCCACACUUCGACACAUGGCGCCUUCGGUGCCCUGGCCUUCGGUAUCGGUACCAGUGAGGUCGAGCAUGUCCUUGCUACUCAAUGCCUUAUCACCAAGCGCAGCAAGAACAUGAGAAUACAGGUCGACGGUGAGCUGGCCCCUGGUGUCAGCUCCAAGGACGUCGUCCUUCACGCCAUCGGCAAGAUCGGUACUGCUGGAGGUACCGGCGCAGUCAUUGAGUUCUGUGGAUCUGUCAUCCGUAACCUGAGCAUGGAGGCUCGUAUGUCCAUCUGCAACAUGUCCAUCGAGGGCGGUGCCCGUGCUGGCAUGGUUGCUCCUGAUGACAUCACCUUUGAAUAUCUCAAGGGCCGCCCCCUGGCCCCCAAGUAUGGUUCUGAGACUUGGGAUAAGGCUGUUGCCUAUUGGAAGUCCCUCCAGUCUGACCCCGGAGCCAAGUACGAUAUCGAUGUCUUCAUCGACGGCAAGGAUAUCAUUCCUACUCUUACUUGGGGAACUAGCCCCGAGGAUGUCGUUCCUAUUACUGGAUGUGUUCCAGAUCCUGAAACCUUCAGCACCGAGAGCAAGAAGGCUGCCGGCCGUCGAAUGCUUGAGUAUAUGGGUCUGACUGCUGGAACGCCCAUGGAGGACAUUCCUGUCGACAAGGUGUUCAUUGGAUCGUGCACCAAUGCUCGGAUUGAGGAUCUGCGAGCCGCCGCCAAUGUCGUCAAGGGACGAAAGAUUGCUGACAACAUCAAGCGCGCCAUGGUCGUCCCCGGCUCUGGUCUCGUCAAGGCUCAGGCUGAGGAGGAGGGACUUGACCAGAUCUUUGUCGACGCCGGUUUUGAGUGGCGAGAGGCCGGUUGUAGUAUGUGCCUGGGCAUGAACCCUGAUAUUCUGGCCCCCAAGGAGCGAUGUGCCAGUACAUCUAACCGAAACUUCGAGGGCCGACAGGGUGCUCUUAGCCGAACCCAUCUGAUGUCCCCUGUUAUGGCUGCUGCUGCUGCUCUCGUUGGCAAGCUUGCCGAUGUGCGUAAGCUAUCGCACUACACCCAUCAGUCUGCUUUCAAGGCCCGUGAACUUCCCGCCGAGGAGCCUCAUGUGGACGAACGAGUCAAAGAAGACUCCGAGGAGAGAGAAUUGAUCGGUGAUCAGCCCCAGGAUUCUCAACCCCACACCAACACACUGGCUAGUGUUGGCGGUUCUGGUUCCGGUCUGCCAAAGUUUACUGUCUGGAAGGGUACCGCCGCUGCCCUGGACCGUUCCAACGUCGACACCGAUGCCAUUAUCCCCAAGCAGUUCCUCAAGACCAUCAAGCGAACGGGUCUUGGCAAUGCUCUGUUCUACGAACUCCGAUACAAGGAAGACGGAUCCGACAACCCAGACUUUGUUUUGAACCAAGAGCCUUUCCGAAACACCAAGACUCUGGUCGUUACUGGGCCCAACUUUGGAUGCGGUAGUUCUCGAGAACACGCCCCCUGGGCCCUCCUUGACUUCGGCAUCAAGUGUAUCAUUGCCCCCUCUUUUGCUGAUAUCUUCUUCAACAACACUUUUAAGAAUGGCAUGCUUCCUAUUAGGAUCGAUGACAAGAACGACCUCGAUGCUAUUGCCGCCGAGGCUCGCGCCAACCGCGAGAUUGAGGUUGACCUGCCCAACCAGCUGAUCAAGAACGAGGCUGGCGAGACUAUUUGCUCGUUUGAUGUUGAGGAGUUCCGCAAGCACUGCUUGGUCAACGGUCUUGACGACAUUGGCCUGACCAUGCAGCAGGAUGACAAGAUCGCCGAGUUCGAGCGACGCAUGACAGAAAACACUCCCUGGCUCGAUGGCACUGGCUACCUGAAGCGCCCUGGGAAGAGUGGCAGACUGGCUGCCAAGGCUGUGCCUGUUCCUAAGACAAAUCGUGGCGAGGAGAAGAAAGAACCCCUCGAGUGGUAA